AAGGAAGCAAUAUUAAAUGAAGUUGAUAUUAGAUUCAAGAAUGAUUACUUUGCAACUGGUACUUCUGUAAAGUUGGGAUGGUUAAUUGAUCCAAGGAAUCACAUGAUCUGGACUUAUGAAAAGGAUGAUGAUGAAAAUGUUACCCGUCAGAAACGUAAGUGGGAAGAUUUAGAUGGUGGUAAUAUUUUACCAGGUUUUACUUUGGACAUAGAAUUUGUUGAAAAAAUUAUCUCGCAGAAAUAUGAUGAAGAUGAAUUAUUAAUUGAAGAAGUUAAAGAAAAUGAAGAUAAAGAAAGUGAGCAUCAAACCAGCGAAAAAGAUUUGGGUUUGAUAUGAUUAUACAUUUCUUUUUGAAGCAAGAAGUUUUAUGUUUUGACUAAGUACUGUAUAUAGAAUAUUUGGAUUAAUAAAUUGUAAUCAAAUAUUAUUUUGUGCAGAGAUAUUUUUUUUGUAACUUAUAAUGUACAACUUUUUCAAAGUAUUAUUACAUUUUACAUAAUAUAGUACU